AUGUCUGACCGAGGUGAAGAAGCCAUUCCCUCCCCCUCAGAAAGAAAACGGUCUCUUCCUUCUGACGACGAAGAAGACGAUCUAAGUCUUGACGAAGGUAGAGGACGCUUUAAACGACCAGCCUUGAAUAAUUCUGGGGGAGAGGACGACGAAAAUUCAGAGUUAGCUUUUCAAGAAGAAAUUAACGGUGAGGGAAGAGCCGUUAUUUCUCCUUCAGCGUCCGCAGAAGCAAUGGAUGUUAAUACUCCUCCUUCAGAAAGGGGCGGCACCGAAUCGAAAGAAAAACCCAAUCAGACUGUCGAACCAGAAACCGCUCUACAAACCAUUUCCCUUCGCGCUCUGGUCACUACCAAAGAGGCUGGGGUCAUCAUUGGGAAAGCGGGAAAAAAUGUUAGCGAGAUUCGGGAUAGAUCCGGUGCUAAGGUUACUAUAUCCGAGAUGGUCCAAGGUGCCUACGAAAGAAUUUUAACGGUGACCGGUCCAUUGGAUACUGUUGCAAAGGCAUUUGCUUUAGUAGCACGCAAAGUACUUGAUGAGAAUUUGGAUGCACCUUCAACGCCUACCUCAAAAUCCACAACAAUCCGCCUCCUCGUUCCUCAUUCACGCAUGGGACCAGUAAUUGGUAAAGGAGGUUCAAAGAUUAAAGAAAUUCAGGAAAAAUCUGGAGCAAGGUGUCUUGCAUCCGAAGAGAUGUUGCCCAGUUCCACAGAACGAACCAUUUCCAUCUCUGGUGUCCCUGAUUCUAUUCAUAUUGCAGUUUUCCACGUUGGCGAGGAACUAUCGAGACAUACAAAUGAUCGUGGUGGACAAAUAACCCCGUAUAGACCUCAACCACGUAUUGUUUAUCAUCAACCUGCCGCCGUUGCCAGUAAUCAUCCAUUCUACGUGGGAAUUCCUGCUCCACCGCCACCUUAUGGACGUGAUUUUCUGCCCGGACCUCCAGGUCCGAUGAAUCAACCACCACCAGGAUCUCAAGCACAACAAAUCUUUAUCCCUAAUGAUAUGGUCGGAUGCAUCAUCGGCAAAGGCGGUAGCAAAAUCAAUGAGAUCAGGCAUCUCUCUGGUUCACAUAUCAAAAUCGCCGAGCCACAUGGAAACACAAACGAACGUCUGGUCACUAUCACUGGAACGCCCGAGUCAAAUCAGAUGGCACUUUAUUUGUUGUAUAGUCGACUUGAGGCUGAAAGAAGAAAACCGAGUGUCUAA